AUGCCUGGUGUUUAUUUUGGAUCCUCGGCCCCUGCGCCGUUUUCAACAAUUUCUAGGCAAUGUUAUAACGGCAAUCCCCACGGUGGCGGCCAUGGCGGCGUCGGCGGAUUGAUGUUCGACCCCAUCGACAGCUGCAACGAUCCCCUGUUCUCUAUGCAUCACACCUAUCUGGACAAGGUGUGGUGGGAGUGGCAAUUGGCCGACUACCCGCAUCGCCUGUACGACAUGGGCGGCAAUAACACGGCGCCUCAGUCCAUCCUUGAUGAAGCUGGUCCAUUGCAGCCCGGAGCUGAUAUCCCAGAUUAUGACGGGGAUGCGGGAAGCACGACGAUGCUGAACCAUACGCUCUGGAUGAACUGGGUUGUAGCUAAUACUACAGUUGGAGAGGUCAUGCAGCUGAACAGGUCGGUGGUAAGUGCGGAGUAUGUGAUCGAUACUGAAGCUACGAGGUAUAAUACCAGUGUUCGGACACAUGGACAUUAUACUUCAGAGUACUGGGGGAUUUAG